UUUUUUAUUUGUUGCCGGCUUGCGUGUAGGGCCCAGGGGCUGGAUCUGCGCUGCCCGGCGUUUUUAUUAUUUUCAUUUUUUAUUUUUUCCCCAGGCUCCGUGGAAAGUGAGGAAUGCAAUUCUGCCACCAUGAUGGAAGGACUGAAGAAGCGCACCCGGAAGGCCUUCGGCAUACGCAAGAAAGAGAAGGACACUGACUCCACCGGGUCACCGGACAGAGAUGGAAUCAAGAAAAGCAACGGCGCGCCGAAUGGCUUCUACGCCGAGAUCGACUGGGACCGCUACAACUCGCCCGAGCUGGACGAGGAGGGCUACAGCAUCCGGCCRGAGGAACCGGGCUAUAUCCUUUACUGCCACCGCAGCUUCUUUAACGGCAGCCCACCCACCAAGGGAAAGCACUUCUACUCGUCCAGCGAGUCCGAGGAGGAGGAGGAGGCCCACAAGAAGUUCAACAUCAAGAUCAAGCCCUUGCAGGCCAAGGACGUCCUCAAGAGUGCGGCCACCGUGGAUGAGCUCAAGGCGUCGAUAGGCAACAUCGCGCUCUCGCCCUCGCCCGUGAGGAAAAGUCCGCGGCGCAGCCCGGGCACCAUCAAAAGGAACCUCUCCAGCGAGGAGAUCGCGCGGCCGCGACGUGCCACCCCGACGCCCACGCCGCCGCCGCCAGCGCCCGACCUCGCCGCCAGGAAGCUCGUGGAGGACCCGGCCGCGCUCGCCCCGCUCUUCGGGCCCCCGCUGGAGUCUGCCUUUGAGGAGCAGAAGCUGGAAGCUCCGCUGGAUCAGCCCGAGAUCUGGGGCUCAGCGCCAGCCGGGAGCUCUGGCACCGAGUCGCCCAAGCUGCCGCGGCCGUUCCCCACUGGAACGCCGCCGCCGCUCCCGCCGAAGAACGUGCCGGCGACGCCGCCGCGGACGGGCUCCCCGGUGCCGGCGGCCACAGGUGCCUCGUCGCCCGCGCGCCCCGCCACGCCGCUGGCCUGCGGCACGCCGCCGCCGCCGCCACCACGGCCCCCGUCGCGGCCCAAGCUGCCCCCCGGCAAGCCCGCCGUCACCGACGUGUCGAGGCCGUUCAGCCCCCCCAUGCACUCCUCCAGCCCGCCUCCGGUCGCCCCGCUCGCCCGCGCCGAGAGCACCUCGUCCAUCUCCUCCACCAACUCGCUGAGCGCAGCCACCACUCCCACCGUUGAGAAUGAGCAGCCCUCCCUCGUUUGGUUUGACAGAGGAAAGUUUUAUUUGACUUUCGAAGGCUCGUCGCGGGGCCCCAGCCCGCUCACCAUGGGGGCGCAGGACACGCUGCCCGUCGCCGCCGCCUUCACCGAGACCGUCAACGCCUACUUCAAAGGAGCCGACCCCAGCAAGUGCAUCGUGAAGAUCACGGGUGAGAUGGUGCUCUCCUUCCCGGCGGGCAUCACGCGGCACUUCGCCACCAACCCGACGCCCGCUGUGCUCACCUUCCGCGUGCUCAACUACGACCGGCUGGAGCACGUGCUGCCCAACCCGCAGCUCCUGUGCUGCGACACCGCGCCGGCCGCUGCCGGCACCAAGGAGUUCUGGGUGAACAUGCCCAACCUGAUGGCCCACCUCAAGAAGGUAUCGGAGCAGAAGCCCCAGGCCACCUACUACAACGUGGACAUGCUCAAGUACCAGGUGUCUGCCCAGGGUAUUCAGUCUACUCCAUUAAACCUUGCAGUGAGCUGGCGCUGUGACCCCGCAAGCACCGACCUCCGCAUUGACUACAAAUACAAUACAGAGGCAAUGACUACGCCCGUAGCUCUCAACAACGUGCAGUUCCUCGUCCCCGUCGACGGAGGGGUCACCAAGCUCCAAGCUGUGCUCCCGCCCGCUGUUUGGAACGCCGAGCAGCAGCGGAUCCUCUGGAAGAUCCCCGACAUCUCCCAGAAGUCGGAGAACGGAGGCGUGGGCUCGCUGCUGGCGCGCUUCCAGCUGGCGCAGGGCCCCAGCUCGCCGGCCGCGCUGGCGCUGCAGUUCACCAGCGAGGGCAGCACGCUGUCGGGCUGCGACAUCGAGCUGCUGGGCGCCGGCUACCGCUUCUCCCUCGUCAAGAAGAGGUUCGCGGCGGGGAAAUACCUGGCGGAUAACUAACAGCGCGGCACGGCACGGCGCCACCGCCCAGCCCGUCCUGCCCGGGGAGCGCCGGCCACGCGCAGCCGCUCUCCCUCCCCGCCGGGAAAAGCAACCACCGUCUUGACCCGUCCCGCAGUAUUUACUUCUAGGUGUAACAUUGUUAAUGGUUUUAACCUGUAAUUAUCGUAUUUGUAAGCGGUUCUCCUCCCGGUACGGCCGUAUCGCGGCAGUUAGGCACUCGAGUCGUAGCGUCCCCCCCGUUCAUGCCGUGGCUGUGACUCCCGCUGUGGUACCCACACCCCAUCGUAGUCCCGUGCGACGGCACCCGCUUGCAGAGCUAUGCGCGCUUGGUCUCUCGCUCUCCGCCCCGCGGUGCCCCGCCGUAGCGGGCGCCAGGUUUUCAGGUUUUCGGCCCCAUUUCGAGGUUCCUUGGCUUUGCUUYUUCUGCCUUUUUCCAUUUUUUCCUUUCUUUCCCUCUCCUCCCUGCUGCUUUGCAAGCCACGCGAGCCCCCUGAUCGCAGGGCUCRCGCUGCACCGGGAUGCGGGCCGGGUGCAUCCCUCUCUGCCCGGCCCCAGUUCUGAUUAACCUCAGGGCACACCAGCCUGUGGCACUGGCACUGGGAGCCCAGCGGUCCCAUGCCCUGGCGCUGCUCCGUGCAAGGA